AGCCAUCACUCCCACACAAACACCGAGGUGCGGACAUGAUGCCGGACAAGCGCAUCCACACAACUGAAGCAAACGCUUGUUUUCGUGUUUUCCAUAUACAAAUGUACGCAACUCUUUUGUAACGGUAUAGCACAUCGCAUAGAGGCACAUUUCUCUGCAUCUCAUUCCCUUUCUGUUUUUUCCUCUCUCUUCCUCUCUCCCCAUCUUGCGCGGUCGGAUCGCUUCCACGUCAUUUUGCCCCCCUCCCCUGCGACCGAUUGUGGUUUCCUUUCGACAACGUGUGAGUUGGUGAAGCGAGUGCGUAGUUUUAUUCUGUAAACCAAAAUCUUCACUGUUGCGAGCCCAACGGAAACCAAGUCAAAAUACUCCGGUCCUACAAAGUACCCCAAGAAGAAGGUGAAAAAGGGUCUCGUUGCGUACCAACGCCGGGUCGCAAUGGAGUUAACAGCGACGCUGAAGGAGUGCGUGCGGCAUUUCUUCAUCCAUCACAGCGAACCCCCACGUCCCCUUGCCUCUCACAACGAUGUCGCGGACUCAAACCUUGCUUCUUCAUCCGCCGCUGCCUCCUCCUCUGCGGGUGGGCGAACGAUUUUCAUUCAGGAGGUGGACUGCAUGAAGCUGCUGGAUGUGUGCCCUGAAGUGGGCACAGCCCUGCUGCUGCAGACCACGAGCGUGAUGGACACCUUGCGAGUCGUCUGCGCAGACCUGUGCAGGGAGGCGGGGCAGUCGUCGAUCGUCAGCCACAGCAUCUCCCUCCGUCUAACGCACGUCCCGGCUGCCAUGACAGGGCUGCCGUCGGUGCCGCCAUCGGGCGGGCAACUCGUGCAGCUGUGCGGGUCGAUCAUUCGAAUGUCCACGAAGCGUGUGGUGCCCUACGCGUCCCGCAUCAUGUGCCCGCGCUGUCGAGAGACGACAGAGGUGUUCACAAACCCUUUUGAUCGCGCCACGGAGGCAAAGGCGCACUGCACUCAGCCGGCCUGCAAACACGAGCCGAUGCAAGUCAUCGGCCAGGUCUGGAUGGACUACGCGGAGUGCCGCCUGCAGCAGCGAUCGAACCAGUCCGGCCGGCUGCCACGCAGCGUUCUCGUUACACUGGAUGAUGAGUUGAGCAUGAAGUGCUCCGUCGGCCAGUUCGUUGAGGUGGUCGGUCUCGCCUUCCCCAAGUGGCGCCACGUCUUUCCCUCCAGCCGGCCCGCGAUCGAGCCGGCGAUUUGGGCGGUGAAUGUGCAGCCGAUGGAGGCGUACCGCGGCGCCGCUGCGGGGGUUGCCGGCGGGGCUGCCGGCCUCCGUCGACGCGCCGGCAAAACCGACCGCCCAAAGUUCAGCCCGGAGCACUUUUUCGUGUCGUUUUGCAAGAACAAACGCCAGCGCGGCGUCACCCUCGUGCGCUCCGUCUGCCCGCACCUCUCCGGCCUCUUCGCCCCCCGCCUCGCCGUGCUGCUCUCCGCUCUGGGCGGGGCCUCCACCACCGGCAAGACCGCCAUGCACAUACGCAGCACGAUUCACUGCUUGUUUGUCGGCGACCCGUCCACUGGCAAGACGCAGCUGCUGCGAUUUGCGGCCGCCAUCGCGCCGCGCAGCACGUCGACGACGGGGAUGGGCAGCACCUCCGCCGGCCUCACAGUGGCGGCGGCGAAGGAGCACGGGGAGUGGGUGCUGGAGCCCGGUGCCCUCGUGCUGAGCGACGGCGGGUCGUGCAUCAUUGACGAGCUGCGCACCGUCUCCCCGGCUGACCGCGCCUCUCUGCACGAGGCGAUGGAGCAGCAGACCAUUUCCGUGGCGAAGGGCGGCCUCGUCACGAAGCUGCGGACGAACUGCGCGGUCUUAUCCGCGUGCAACCCACCCACCCGCCGCGGUGGUCGCACCGAGAUCGGCGUUGGCGGUCCGCUGUUGAGUCGCUUUGACUUCAUUUUUCUCCUCUGGGACACCCCGCAACCAGAGGUGGACGCCCGCAUCGCGUCCCACAUGCUACGCGCCAACACGGGCGCGCAGACCGUGCUGGAGGAGAAAGAGUUGACGACGGAGGAGGUGGCGCGGUAUUUGUGGUGGAUUCGCACGCAGUACGCCGCCGCGGACGGCCCGCUGCUCUCCGACCCGGCUGCCGAUCUGCUCGGGCGCUACUACGAAAUUCAGCGCCAACGUGGCGCCACGCCGUCUUUGGACGACGCCGUGCCCGUGACCGUCCGCUUUCUCGAGUCCCUCGUACGACUCGCCCAGGCACACGCGAAGCUGCACCUGCAGACGAUCUGCACCCUGGAGGACGCGGCGAUGGCGGUGUUCUUGAUGGAGCGGACGGCCUAUAGUCUCAAGUGCCCGCUCGAUGCCGUGCAGGACGGCCUGUACAGCAGCUCCCGUGAGCUGGACGAGGUGUUUCUGUCCGACACCCCCGAUGCCCUCGCACAGCAGGAGGCGGUGCUCGCUGCCAUUGUCGAUGUCAUGUUCCACUACCGCCUCCCUGCCACGGCCAGCGGGGACGCGUACGACGGCUACGAGGACAGCAACUCCAACUCGAGUCGCGGAGAGAGAGACGUGGCCUUGGCGGAUCUGCCCUUUAUGCAGGCAAUGCGUGCGACCGAUGCGACGUCUCCGUCGCCGGUGCAUCCGCCGCACCUAACACCCGUCGCACGAGGUGAUCCUGCUCUCUCCAGUCAGGAAGGCGAAUGGCUGAAGGAGGACGGCACGCUGCUGGCCCAACGCAACGGCCCCUCGGCGCUGCUGCAGGCCAAAACGCUCGCCAUCAUCUCCAGCGCAGCACGGCUGGCAGACGAGGUGGGGCGGACAUCGUGCACGGCCUACAGCGUCGCACGGUACGGGGCCAGCGGCAACGGUGCGGCCGACUCGUCGCCUGGUGCCGUCGCGGCAGUGCUGUCCUCGCAACGCGCGAGUCGAAGGUUGCGGUCAUCGCCACGAAAAUCGGCACCGCCUAUGUCUCAGCAGAGGCUGCAUGGAGCGAACUCAGCCACACAAAAAGAAGCUGUUGAGGGAUGGCAACGGGAUGUGGUCGAGGAGGCGGAGGAGGAGCUGCUGAUGCCGGACAGCGAGCACAAUUCUGCAACGUCCAGCGCUUCGCCCUCGCAGGCCCUGCCGCCCCCGUCGCUGCCGUCCGCGCCUCUUCGUACGGCAGGUUCCUUCGCUGUCCCCUCUCGUCCGCUUUCGAUGCCACCCAACGGCACGCGUAAGCGAACGGCCGAGGACGUUAUGCGUAGUCUGCGCUAUCGGCGAUAA